AUGGUCGACGAAGAAACUCUGAAAGCACGACAAGUGCAGCUACAAAGGUCUCCGCCGCUGCCCGUCGAGAGCACCACGGCCACGCUGACCGCCGCGCCGGAAGCACCGGCCGCGGUGACCGCGCGCGCGGCGCGCCGCGGUGCGCGGGCGCGGUGCUGCGCAAGGGGCCACAUGAUAGCUCGGAAGGGAGAGGCCUUUGGGCUCUUCCAGGAUAAGAAGAUUUGUCACGCCUGCUGCACGACCUUUGGACCCGAGACCAGCUACUACCGUUGCAUGCAAAACUGCAAGUACAACGUCUGUCACCACUGCUUCCAGGAGGCGCGACACAGUGAAGCGCAGCAGAUGCUUGAGGGCCAGAGUGAGCCAAGCUGCCAGGAAAGCCAUAGUGAUGUGGAAAGCGUGCUGGAAUUUGAGGUCCAUGGAGGUCUCCGCUCGGAGCUGUGGCCCUUCGCGGAGUCGCGGUCACGUCCCUUUGCGGCGCAGCUGGAAGAGCUGGCCGAGGUCUUUGAGGUGCCCCACGGAGUGCUGCUCCAUAGCCAGGGCUCGGAGGUGGAAGUGAUCCAGUCCAUCUUGCAACUCCAGGCCCUACCCCGCACCGCUUCGCUGGCACUGGAAGCACCCCAGCAGCUGCUUCAGCAGCUGCUGGGGCAGAUGAGCAGCAGCCCUGACGCGCUCAGGCACAUUGGAAGGAUGUGUGCCACCGAGGCGCUGGCGGCGGAAGCCUUUCGCCAGGGCGCCUUGCCCGCGCUCGUGGCGCAGCUCUGCUGUAGCACGGAGCGUGCAACGUCCACCGCGAGCGCAACCGGACUUUGUGCCCUUUUGAGGCCUACGCGCAAAGAGGAGGCCAAGGAGCAACUGGAGCAGCUUUGGAGUGAGCAUGGCGAUGCCUUGCUGCGACGCUUGACGCGGCCAGGCGUCGGCAAGGCCGAGACGGCCCUGCUGCUGUGGCUCGUGGAGGAGCUCGAGCUCGCUUCGGAGACCUUCAGGGCUUUGCAGGAAGGGGACAGCGGCAGCCCCAGUGCAGCGGAAGAGGGGGAGCGAGAGGGCCCUUCCUCCGGUUUGCAGGAGCAGGAGAUGGGGAGAGAUGUGCUUGAGCUUCUUCGAGAGAGCUGUGCCGUUCCGUGCAGCGAAGCUCAGCAGUUGCAACGUGGGAAGCAGCUCAAGGAGGCGAAGCUCUUCGCGGAGCGACUGCAGCGCACGGUGCGGCGGCAACACCGGGCGUUGAAAGCCAUGGUGCCCCUGGUGAAGCUGCAAGAUGUGGAGCUGGAGAGAAGGGAUGGGGCGGGGGUGGAGGUCAAGGAGCAAGUCAGCAGGAUGUGGGAUGGAUGUGGGGACCGGACGGUGUUGAUGGUGGAUGAUUUGAGUGGUGCUUUGAUUUGGUGUGAGGUCGGGAUUGCGAUGAAUGUUCAGAAACAGGUGGGGAAUUUUCAAGAAGGUUGGACAUUGGGUCGAUUGCAUUCCGAGAGCUGA